AUGGCAGACCAAGCUCCUGCAGAGUCCGUCGCGGCGCAAGCACCUCCCGGGGUCUCUCAGUCGACGCCAGGAACACAGCAAACCGCAUCGCUCGACCAAAUUCAGAGUAUGUUGAAGGCCAAAGAUGAUACUUCUAGAUUCGUUGGCUUAGCUCUGUUGAAAAGUGUACUCGACAACUCGGAGGAGCUGCGCAACGAUGCAGACACCGUCUCAGGCCUCUGGGAAUCCAUCUCCCCCAAGUUCUUGGACCGGCUGCUGAAGACAGGGUCAUCCACGCAAUCUAGUCCAAAGGACGCGAAAAACAUGCUGGAUCUUUCAGUAUCAGUCGUCCAUACUUUUGCCUUGCUUCUACCAGAUCAAGCGAAAAGAGACAAGAGACUUGUUGGAAGAAUGCCUCUUUUGGUGUCUAGUUUGCUGCGAAGCUCUAGGGAAACUUCUGAAAUGAGUAUUCAGACCCUACUCACCUUGGCCGCCUUUCCUGAAGGGGCAAAGGUGUUCUUCGAUAUUGACGACGUAACUCCUCUAGUUGAGGUUGCCCCGAACAACCCAUCUGCUCUCGAAAUCUUUUCUUUUGCCUGGAUCAACUGCAUGGACAUCGCAGAAGACAGACUGGUGCUGAAGUCCAAGAUAGACGAAACCAUCCAAGCCUUGGUAUCGACAUUCAAUGGAACGGAUGGUGUUACUCUGCUCGAGUUCAUAGGCAAAUUUCUGCGGAACUCGGAUCCCAAGGCCCUACCCUUGAACCCAAAGUGGAUCAAGUCAUCCAUCGACUUCAUCAAGAGACUUCUUACUAGUCGGCCUACACCAGAGGCAAGAAAUUCCUACACCAUUGCAGCUGCAUCCUUGCUCGAGGUGUACCCUUCAGAAACAUCAAAACUCUUGUUCACCAGCGAUGAAAAGGAUGAUAAGCCAUUCUCGUACCUGUUCAUCACUCUACUCCUCACCGACACCCGGGCGAGUCUUCCCCGCCUCUUGGAGCUUCUCAACGAUCCCAUAUACCCAGCCCUCGCACAACGGUUGGGCUCGGCCUUUGAUGUCACAACGCACUUCAUUGGCUAUCUGGUGAAGAGCCUCGACGAUGAGAGUCCAUCGCCAGCUGCCCUAGUGAUGCCUCCCGACUUCCUGCUAAAGAUCCGUCGGACGAUUUCGGAGGCCCUGUCCCUCGUAAUCGAGUUCCUUCGAGAUAGGUGGGAUGCGUCCGUGGCAGGUGCCUUUGGUCUACACCCCGAAGCACGCUCAAAGGAGACCGACACCUCCAUGGGAAAGAGGCUGACAAUUUCUUGGGAGUCAAAGAAGAGCAACGUUAACGAGGACCCUCUCAUCCUGGCAGCUGUCAAAGCUCUGGCGAUCUGGCUUCGCGAGGACGAUAACGACCUCUUGAGGAAAGAAGCAGCAGGACUGACGGAUUUGCUCCUCGACCUCUACAAGUCGAGCUCUCCUUCAAGCCUCGACUUCCGGUCACCAAUCCUAGUAGGUCUGGAGGGAAUACUGGUCGAAAAGGCAGGGCUGGAAGAGUUCACGACACACAACGGCUGGGACGUCCUGACCAAAGACCUCGUGGCCAUCCUGCAGUCCACGUCGAUAUCGAGCGACGAAAGCGAAGCCGCGCGCGGCAUAGAGAUCGUCCGCAUCCUUCUGCCAAUCGUGGAAGGCGAGGGGACCGGCUCGAGAGAAGAAUGGAUGGCUCUCGUGACGACGCUGGCCGCCUGGCAUGCCCCCGAGGUCAAGCAGCCCGCUCUGGUCCAAGAGGCUCAUGUCGCAGCUCUCCAGCUUACGACUGCUUUGCUCAUUGGCGCGCCGUACGGUAUGAGGCAGCGUUACGUCCACUCAAUCAGCGCCAUGCUUGGCAUAGCUACGCAGCUCGAGAAGCACGUGGGUAUCGAUGACCCGCUAAGGGAGUCUUUGGACGAUGUGCUGCAGACACUAGAUAGACUUCGCUAG